AUGGAUCAAGUGGAUGGUGAGCCUUCGAGCCACCAACCGGUGGUACACUAUACUAAACCAAUUCUCGCUUCUAUCGGCACAGUAUUGAUCGAUGCGUUCGACUCACCGCCCAGGCCGAUUAUAGACCCAGUAGUGGUCUCGAGCAAAAUUCUGGGAUUGCCCACUUCCGCUGCCAUUACCACUCCCACUCUCCCUACUCCGCCUUCUCCGUCAAAUCCAAGUGGAACUACAACUUCAACUUCUAGUUCAUCUUCUUCUGUUGCAUUGAGCAAUAACAUUCAUCAUCAACCUUUAUCGGUCCCACCACAUCUUAUAACACCAAUCACUUCACCCGUACCAUCAGUUGGACCCUCAACACCCCAAUUGAGUCUCGAUGACAUACCGUCACCCAACGCUGAAGAUGUGUAUGAGAUGUUGGGUGGUGGGGCAUUGUAUGCUCUCGUAGGAGCGAGGUUCUGGUUAUCACCCAAACAACUUCGUACAUUAGUAGAUAGAUCACCGGAAGAUGAACCAAACGAUCUACCAAUUGAAGUAGAGGAUAAAUUGAAAUCUCUAGGUGAAGACAUAUGGGUUUGGAAUAGAGGUAAAGGUACUAAAAUGACCAGAGCAAGAAUUCGGUAUGAAGGUGAUAUCAGGUUCUUUCAACCAAUUGUGAAAGCCCCACAUCGUACGAUCGCUCAGAUCAAUUCAUCACCUUUACAUGGAGCGGAAUACCUUCAUAUAAGUCCACCUUAUUCACCUGAAAACGUUGCUACACUUCUUGAUGAGAUCGAUUCCUUGAAAAAACUCGACCCUGAGAGAUCUUGGUCACCCAAAAUCGUUUUUGAGCCUACACCACCAUCAUGUCAUCCUGGUCAAAAAGAAUGGCUAGAACGUAUCUUGUCACGUAUACAGGUGCUUUCACCAAAUCACGAAGAGAUAUUUUCAUUUUAUUCUAUACCUCUGAUGGAAUUUUCUGAUCCUGAUUUGAAACCUACAGUUGAAAAACUGAUCAAACAUCUUGUAUCUGAUGUCGGAAUUGGAGAAGAUGGGAAAGGUAUCGUAAUUGUUCGUUGUGGAAGAUUAGGCGCUUGCGUUGGAACUAAAUUGCACGGACUGAAAUGGUGUCCUGCAUAUUUCACUGGUCAGGAAGAAUCAAAAGUAAGAGAUGUUACGGGUGCUGGUAAUGCAUUUCUCGGUGGAUAUAUUGCUGGUUUAUCAUUAUCAGAUGGUGAUCCAUACGAAGCUCUACUGUACGCAACAGUCUCAGCUUCAUUCGUGGUUGAACAAUUCGGAUUACCGAUUCUGAGUCAAGUUGGUGAUGAUAAGGAGGAAUGGAAUGGUGAUUCACCUUAUAGGAGACUAGAGAGUCUUGGAAAACGAGUUGAAUAG